UCUCCACGACACCCUCCCGGCCUCCCCCUCCCCCUCCCCCUCGGUGGCGGCGAACAGAGAAAAACAGGGCAGAAAGCGCAAAUCCAGUCGUUUCCCCACCCGCUUCUCUUCCAGCCUCCCACCGGCGGCGGCGGCAAGUAACUUGACCGCCGACCCCAGCAGGCAGCCAUGGGAGGGCACGGCGGGCUGAAUAUCUUGCCGCAGAAGCGGUGGAACGUCUAUAAUUUCGACAACCGCGAGAAGGUGCAGAAAGACGAGGCCGCCGCCGCCCGGGAGGAGCAGCUCCAGCGCGAGGCGGAACGCCGCCGCGAGUCCGACCUCCGCCUCGCUGCGCUACGGCGUAACCGCGGCCUGGUCCAGGCGGAGUCGCCCGCCACUCCUCCACCUCACCCCGCCGGCCCCGCUGAUCCGGUGGACGCCGUUCCUUCCCCGGCCUCGGACGGAGACCACAUCAACCUCUUCUCGGGUGGAUCCGGCGUCGCCGCUGACUUCGCCGCGCUCGCAUCGGCCAGUGGUGGGAGGGGCGCGGCCCGGGAGCGGGAGCCUGAUGCAGACCCUAACCCUAAGAAGCGGAAGAAGAAGGAAGAGGAGGUGAGGGUUGUGGGGCCCGAUGAGGAGAAGUACAGGCUGGGCUACGGCCUCGCCGGGAAGGGCGUGGCGGUGCCCUGGUACAUGUCGAGCCCUGCAGCAGCAGCGGCCAAGGAGGGGAGGGGCAGAGAUGCAGGGGAAGAGAACGGGGUGAAGAGGAGUGGAGGGAAGAAGAGCAUUGAAGAACUGAGGGAGGAGAGGAGGAAGAGGGAGUCCAAGGAGAAGGAGCGUGAGCGUGCUGUCCUGGUUGCUGCAGGAAGGAAGGAGAGACAGGAUCGUGGGCGCCCAUCAAGAUGGGCACGGUGAUGCAAGGAUUUUCAUGGUAUAAUGUCGAAGAUUGCUCAGGAUGUUUGUUGAAUUAAGGAUAAGUCAUUGAAAGAAUGCCUUAUUCUUGUGACUGAUCUUUCCCUUCCACAGGAUAAGUCAUUGAACCGGGCAUGGCCUGACUACGUUACUAGCUAGAUAGAUGCAGAUGCAUGUGGCUGCAAGAAUUACGCCAUUCAAUUGCCAAGGAAAGAAUGCUUGUGAGCAGUCCAAGAACAUCUUGAUCAAUAACAAGAAGAUUGUAUUCUUUGUUGGAAAUUAAUCUAUUUUGAUCUUCUUUUGUAAAAUACUCCGCAUCAUGUACUGAGAAUGCAACGAAGGCAUGAAGCUAGCAGCACAUGUAACACAACCGUUGUUUGCUUGUAAUUGUAAAGCUAUUUACUUGGUUUGCCAUUUUUUUUUAUUAAGUUUCUUCAAUGUCAGAUAACUUCAACUUCCUGAGUACUGUUAGGAGCAUCCUGAAACAUCUCCCUGCAAAGUUGUAUUGCAUGCUACUGGCAUGAUUGUUGUUUUGUGCAUGGUUAGCCACUGACUAAUGAUGCAAUCAGGCCACAAUUAAGGUUGA